AUGUCGUCUCCCUCCAUACAUCCACAGUUUCGCUCAAAGGCAGUUUGCACUCUCAAUUGUCGACACUGCACCACUGUUAUCUGCAAUCGAGGCAUGAAGGCUAUUCUUUUGGGAGAUACGCGAGUCGAGCUGUUCUCUACUGAUGUGCCACCGUUCAGAGUUCAGCUUGUUGAAAAGGACUACAUGACUCGAAACUGCCGCUGUCGCAUCAGAGAUGUCGCAUGUCUUGGAUGUGGAAAUGUAAUUGGAUAUCAUGUUACUCGGCCGUGUGAGCGUUGUCUUGAUUCCUGCAAUAACGGCCAUUUUUGGAUGUUUCUUUCUGACGGAGUUUCUGCAAAAGAGCGUUUGGAUUCAACCGGAGUCAAAACAUUGCUUUGGGCUCAUCUUGUCAAGGAAAACACACCUACAGGAUGUUUGGGAGAAGCAAAGUAUGAAUUACUGUGUCGGUAAAGUAAUAAACUCGGCUCUACAGAGCUUGAUUUGUAAA